AUGUAUUCUCCCGUGGCAGCAAUUCAGCGUAACUGGAGGGCUUUCAGUCCCAUUGAGAAGCGGAAUAUUAUACGCUGCAUAAUUGGUAUCAUGUUCUACAAGUUUGGUCUGGAGGCUUUUACCGGUUCCAUCAUUGCUCUGGCUACCAAUCGGUACGAUUACGACGCUGCUAGCCAUAAUACCACGUCGAUCACUUUUGAACGGAUCGGCCUUCUUACGGGCUUGAACCAAGCUUUCCAAUGCUUUGGAUCGAUUAUCAUUGCUCCCCUGGUUCGCCGGUUCGCUACCAAGAAUGUGUUGACGACUGCCAGUUUCGUUUUCGGACUAUUUUCUGCCAUUCUACUCAUCGUCGACGGGAGUACUGGUGGUCACAUUAAACCAUCAAACUGGUCACAGACUCAUGAUAAAGACGAUUUCUCCUAUUAUGGUGACUACAAUACAGACGGCAUUAUUCCAAUAUACUGCUUUGCAGGCAUCGGCUACGGAAUGGUGGAACUGAUCCGAAGGAUCAUCCCCCGGGAUAUUGUGAGUGGAAACGUAGAGAAGCUACGUUGUAUGGAUGCAUUAGUCCAUAUAUUCUACGAGGUCUCAGGCACGGCCGGUUCACUAUAUACCGCAUUAGCCUUAAUACCAGGAUUAGGAAACAACUUCUCAUUUAUUGUCACACCUAUUCUGUUCGCGUGCGCUUCUUACGUAUAG